GAUGUCGAGGAGCAGGCCGCCUCUGCGCAGAUCGCCGACCCGGUCGAAGAUGCCCCCAAGGCCUCCGAGCGUGCUGUUGGUUUGCGCUUCUGCUCUUUGAAGAUCCCAUUGCAGACUGUGGCCUUUGCCCCUGCUGGUGCAGGACGAGCGGUUGACACCCUGCAGAAGGUGUGGCUACAAGAAUUGGCAGCCCGCAACACCGAAGAGGCCAAGGAGGCGGAAGCAAAGCUCAAGGAGGCGGAAGCAAAGGUAGACAAGGCCGAGCAGAAGUACAAGGAAGCCCAGCAGAAGUGCGAGGAGGCCCAAGCGAAGGUCCAGGCAGGACCAGCGCAGGUGCCUGAUGCACAAAAGGCCAUCCAGGACAUCCGUUGCCCAAGCUGGACUGUGCGCUCUCCCAGGGCGAUGAUGCCACAGCUCAUCGGGCGCGAGGAGGCCAAAGAUCAAAUCCUGGAGUACAUCCGGGGGGCCUUGUCACAGGAUGACUACUACUGGGAGUCCGGGUCAAGCAUAAACAAGUGUGCAAUCCUGACGACGGCCGGAAUAAAGGGCACAGGCAAAACUCGAGUACUUCACGAGAUGUGCACGACCUGGCGGGACGAAACCGGGGCGAAGGCG